GCGCAGCCUGUGCGUCACUCUCCCACAAGCCUGGCUUUGACAAACUGCAGGGCCCCUAAACUGCUCCUGGAACACGAACAAUGGGUAGGCAACAGCAAGGAUGGCUCGUCUGUGCGAGUUUUCUCGGAUUCGUGGCUACGGUGCAGAGCAUAACGCGAGGAGAGCUGUUCCCCUUCGGUCCAAGCGCAAGAGACCAGUCACUGGAAGCAGGGAAUGACCUGACGCGCCGACUUCAACUGGACAAGCCCCUGUUGUUUUAUGAUGGCACUUUCGACAGCAUCUUCAUCAACACCAAUGGUUUCGUUGCCACAACAGAGCCAACAGCCGAGUCGACAUAUCUUGGCAAUAUGCCCCCAAAAUUUGGUAUGAUUGCAGCUCUGCAAGGAGACCUGGACACAAGUGAUGGUGUGGGCAACGUCUUCUUCCGUCAAGACUCCAGUCGUGAUGUUCUAAUUCGGGCGGCCCAGUACAUCAACGGGGCCUUUCCCGAGGAUGAUGAAGUCAAUCCCACCAAUGCUGUGGUGAUCACCUGGGUUGAUGUCGCCACCCAUCAACCUCCAAGCAGAGGAGAUGGCAUUGACAAGAAGAGAAACACUUUCCAGCUGGUUAUUGCGUCCCUGGAGACUGCAUCCUACGCUAUUGUCUUGUAUGCAAGGGACGGGAUGCAGUUUUCCUCCACGCCUAUACAAGGCAACAGUGCAGUCAUGCACGCUGGCUUCAGUAAGGGUUUCGUCCGGGGUUUCCUGUAUUCCACUCAGGGGCCAUACUACCGCACCUCCACUGAUGACGAGGCAUCCAUCAGGGCUCUAGCAGAAGAGACCAAUUCUGGCAAGCGGGGUUCAUGGGUGUACGAGAUUGGAACUUCUCCCUAUUUCACCAACGUGGCUCCAGGUGAGGUCACUGACCUGCCCUCUGAGGCCACGACACAGGCGCCCACUGAGCGAGUUGAUGAGGAAACUGAUGCAAGGAGGACAGUUUAUACUGACGGACAGGAAGCGCAGGACCCUCCUUAUGAAACAGAGGGGGCGCAGAUCGAAGAUAUAAAUGUAGACGUGUUCUCAUACAAACUGGGGACAUGUGCGAACAAUCAGAAUAAGUGCUCCCAGUUUGGUGACUGCAAGGACCACUCCAGUGGCUACUGCUGCAACUGCAGACCUGGCUUCUAUGGCAAUGGGAUACAGUGUGUGGCAGAGGGGAAGCCACAGAGGAUGAAUGGUAAAUUGUAUGGAAAAGUGUAUGUGGGCGACUCUGCUUCCCCAGUGGAGUUCACCAGCAACGACCUCCACUCAUACGUUGUGGUAAACGACGGCCGUGCCUACGUGGCCAUCAGUGACAUCCCGGACACCAUUGGACCAUCACUCUUGCCCUUGUCCGCCCUUGGUGGUGUGAUUGGGUGGGCAUUUGCUUUGGAGCAGCCUGGCUUCAAGAAUGGCUUCAGCAUUAUUGGGGGGGAGUUCACACGCCAGGCUGAGGUGACCUUUCUGCCAGGGAAUGAGAAGCUGAGCAUCAGGCAGGAGUUCAAAGGCAUCGAUGAGCACGACCACCUGGUGGUGAGCACCAACCUGGAAGGCCAGGUCCCUGAGGUGCCUCUUGGCUCCACCGUGAAGAUCGGCCCUUAUUCUGAGGUCUACCAGUACAGCAACAACUUGAUCACUUCCUCCUCCACUCGGGCCUACGAAGUGAGCUUGCCCGAUGGCUCCACUGACACCAGGACAUUCCAGUGGCGUCAGACCAUUACCUUCCAGAGCUGUCAGCAUGGCGAGUCUUUGAGAGACAUGAAACCAACUCAGAUGCUCAGCGUGGACCAAGUCUUUGUCCUGUACAAUGCUAAUAAUGCACUGAUCCGGUUCGCCAUGAGCAACAAGAUCGGGGAUAUCAAUGGAGGGCAGCCAGAGGAGAACCCAUGUUUCACUGGAAGACACGGCUGUGACACCAACGCUGUGUGCCGACCUGGAGAGGGAAAUCAGUUCACCUGCGUGUGUGCUGCUGGCUUCAAUGGUGAUGGACGCACAUGUUAUGACAUCGACGAGUGCAGAGAGAACCGUCAGAUCUGUGGCUCCCACGCUAUCUGCAACAACCAGCCCGGGACCUUCCGCUGUGAAUGUGAAGAUGGUUAUCUGUUCGGCAACGACGGCCAGACCUGCGUUGAGGUUUAUCGACCUGUGGACGCCUGUGAGGAAGGCACCCAUAACUGUGACAUUCCUGAGCGCGCUCAGUGCAGCUACACCGGAGGCUCGUCCUACAUCUGCUCCUGCCUGCCAGGUUUCAUAGGAGAUGGUCGAGUCUGCCAAGACAUAGACGAGUGCCAGCCUGGAAGGUGUCAUCAGGACGCUACGUGUUAUAACACCCAGGGAUCAUUUACCUGCGAGUGCAGAGCUGGUUACUAUGGCGAUGGCUUCUCCUGCUCUACAGAGAGAAGAAAAACACGAUGCCAGACCCACAGAGACCAGGUUGCGACGGAGUCUAGUCCGCGGGGCCCCCGACCUCCCAUCGGACCGUUCAUCCCCACAUGUGAUGAGAACGGUGGCUAUACACCCACGCAGUGCCAACGUAGCACGGGGUACUGCUGGUGCGUGGACCGGAACGGGCAGGAGAUCCAUGGGACUCGCAAUGGGCCUGGCAGCGCACCAAUGUGCAUCGACCAUGGCAGUGUGUCACCACCCGUUGGACCCACCACUCGACCUGACAUCAACCCUCUGCCUCAAGGAACACACCUGCUGUUCACUCAGAGCGGCAAGAUAGAGCACAUCCCGCUGGAAGGUUCUAAAAUGAAAAAGGACGAUGCCAAGACCGUCCUCCAUCUCCCUGAGAAGGUAAUCAUCGGAGUGGCCUAUGACUGUGUGGAGAAAAUGGUCUACUGGACUGAAAUCACAUCCCCCUCAAUCAGCAAGGCCAGCAUCCAGGGGGGGGAGCCCACCACCGUCAUCAGAUCAGAUCUGGGCAGCCCAGAGGGUAUUGCCAUCGACCACUUGGGACGAACCAUGUUCUGGACGGACUCGGUGAGGGAUCACAUUGAGGUGGCUUCUUUGGACGGAUCCCAACGUCGUGUCAUUAUUGACUCGGAUCUCGUCAACCCUCGCGCUAUCAUCACUGACCCUCCCAAUGGUAAUCUUUACUGGGCCGAUUGGAACCGCGAUGCCCCCAAGAUCGAGACCUCUUACAUGGAUGGAUCCAACAGGAGGGUGCUGAUUAAAGACGAUCUCGGCCUGCCGAACGGCUUGACUUACGACUCCCAGAGCUCUCUGCUUUGCUGGGCAGACGCAGGCACACAUAAAAUGGAGUGCACACAUCCGGGCCACGGCGACCGCAGAAUGGUUAUGGAGGGGCUUCAGUACCCUUUUGGGAUCACGUCAUUUGGAAAGAACAUCUACUACACUGACUGGCGGAGGGAUGCCGUAGUUGCCGUGGACCGCCAAUCCGGCAAGGAGUCAGACGAGUUCCAGCCUCAGAAACGGACCAAGAUAUAUGGGAUCACAACAGCCUACGCCCAGUGUCCAUCAGGACAAAACUACUGUGCUGUGAACAACGGGGACUGCACCCACCUCUGUUUAGCGACCCCCAACGGCCGCUCCUGCAGAUGUCCUAGUAACGCAGUGGGUGUGGGCUGUGUGGAGAGAGACAGCGGUUAGGACGGCUGUGCUCAGAGAGUUGACACUGUUUGGAAGUUUGACCGCAAAUUUAGGAGCCACUCAGCAUUACUAAACUAUAGCUGCUGAAAAUGCCACUGAAACCCAGAGGUGAACUUACUGUGCCUUUUAUUGCUCAGUGUUAUGCUUAUCUGCAUUUUAUACAUUUCCCUUUACGAAAUCACAACUGCGAAAUAUUGAGAAUUGUAAAUAUAAACACUAUUAUUUGGUCUUUUCCUGAGUGCACAUAGACUGAGAAUAAAGCUCAAGGGAUACAUACAUGAAUGUGAAAUUCAUCACAGCGAUGCAUGACGCCAUCUUGUGUCGGCUGCGUUGCACUGGGGCAUAUUUGGAUUAGUUUAUCUCCUUAAAGUGUUAUUGUGGGAUAGGACGAGUGUCUGUACAAGCUGGUGGGAUGAGUUCAAAUGCUGGGCAGCAAAAGAAUAAAAAAAUUUCUAACAUGU